AUGGAUACUGCGUUCGAGCUCGAUGAAGUCUCUCGCGCCAAUUUUCUUAAACUCGUCAUGCAGUCUUUUAGCUGCUCUUACAUUUGCCUAUGGCGGUCUUAUUUUCCCAACUGUUUAAUGUUCUUUGAUGGUGUUUAUGAUGAAGAAAACCAAACUGGUAGCUCUUCUUCUUCUGGAGUUAGUCUAGCACGGCGGCUUUUCGACGAGUAUCGGCUGUCAAUUUUUCCAAUUGUACAAAAUGAAUGCGUUCCAGGAUUCGCUUUCCGAAACAGUCUUACUUAUGUAGAAUUGCAAGAAAUGGACCUCCAAAGACUGGCAUCAGUUCAAAUUCAGAAGCAGUUUUAUCAGGAAGCAAGAAUUAAGACUGCAGUUUUCAUGGGGUGCAAGAGUGGAGAGAUUGAGCUCGGCUUCGCCAAUGUGUCUCAAAUGAACGUAAAAAAGGAACUGAUCAUGAGAAGCUGGAUGUUGCCAGAAGCUUUCUCUAAAUCACAAUUAUUAUCUCCACGUACAGUUGAAGGAGCUAGUACUAGGGCAAACACUGAGCAGCAAAACCAACUUUCAUCAUCUUCCUCAUCUUUGAGAUCCCUCUCAACCAUGGAUAGCCCCGAAUGUUCAUCCCUCAUCUUCAACACUGUUCAAACAUCUACUGCUCCUUCGUCUCUCAAUAUCCCACCUGAUCAAGUCUUUGCUAAUACAAACUUCACUUCAUUACUGCAACCAGUUGUAUCACCAACUACAAACAUAUUUAGUAGUACUAGUACUAGUCCUCAUCAACAAGCCAUGCAAGCGAUUUCUCGAAUGCGAGGGAAUAUCCAUUUACCAGCUCCUGAGAUUGAAGAUGCUGAGAUUACAAGAGCCAUUCUUGCUGUCCUGACUUCUCCUUCUUCUUCACCUUCUCCUGCUAUAUCUCCACACCAAUUGAGUAGUGAUUCCGCUCCUAGUCCUAGUCAUCAUGGCCUGCUAAAUCCUAAACCCUGCAGUGCUUUCAAGCAUUACAUCUCAUCGCCUUUGGGCCCAAGAACACAAACGAAAGGAGCUGCUAAUUUAGGAGUGCGUAAGCAAACUAUGGUGAAGCGAUCGAUUUCCUUCUUGAGAAGCUUAAAUCUGCUGAGAAUUCGAGAUCAAAGUAUGCAAGCUGCCACCCGCCCCACAACCAGUCAGUUGCAUCAUAUGAUAUCAGAGCGCAAAAGGCGAGAGAAACUCAACGAAAGCUUUCAUUCUUUGAAAUCCCUACUUCCUCCCGGUACCAAGAAAGACAAAGCAUCAGUGCUAACAACUGCAAGGGACUACUUAACCAGUUUACAAGCUCAAGUUGAUGAGCUUAGUAAACGAAACCAGCAGUUAGAAGCUGCUGCAAGGCUUAUAACUAAAGAAGAAGAUGAUGAAGAAGAAGAAGCUGGCUCCUCAUCGACCGAAAGAGUUAGUGUUACGCUUACGCAUGUAUCUGGCUCGACAACAGAUCAAAAUCAGCGAAUUGUUGCCUUGCAAGUGAUUGUGAGAUCAGGAGAAUGUUCGACCGAAGAUAUAGUAAUCAGAAUCUUGGAAUUCUUGAAGCAAGUUAACAACAUGAGCUUGAUGUCCAUGGAAGCAAGUACUUGGAAAACAGAAUUACAUCCCAACAUCAACCGUGUGGUCUUGAGAUUAAGAGUUGAUAAUGAUCAGGCGAACGAAUGGGACGAGUCUGCCUUCCAGGAAGCAGUGAGAAGGGUGGUUGCUGACGUGGCAUAUAAAUAA